ACUAAGUCAGCAAUGAUGCAUUUGACGUUCAAUGAUGUGGCAGUAUAUUUUUCAGAAGAGGAGUGGGAAAUCCUGGAAGGAUGGCAGAGAGAUCUGUACAAAGAAGUAAUGAAAGACAACUAUGAAAAUCUGUAUUCCAUAGGAAUACCAGUUUCCAAACCAGACAUCCUGUUAAAGAUUGAACAAGGCAAGGACCCAUAUGUACAUGAUGCUGAGGAGCCAUCUGAUGAAGAAUCGAGUAAUGUAGAGAAACUUAAGCUGGAACCAGAGCUCCUUUAUAACCAGCAUGAUGAUCAGAAACCAAAAGUGAAGAAAAAGAUGAAGAGAAAUUUACCAUAUUGUCUGAAAUGUGGGAGUAGCAAUCACUCUCAAUGUAAAGUCUCUUCCCGGAAUCCAAACAAACCAUUCCGUUGUGUUGACUGUGGGAAAUGUUACAGCAAAGAGUGCUUUCUGGUCCUUCACCAAAAGUCUCACUUAAGAGGUGGCGCCUACAAAUGCCUAUUAUGUGAAAAAUGCUUCCGGAAAUCCAUCCACCUACGAAGACAUCAGAGAACCCAUGAAACAAAGAGCGAAUACAAGUGCAAAAAAUGCGAUAAGCACUUCUGUGAUAAAACAGAGUUUAUCAAACACAAAAGUGAACAUAGGAAAGAAAAGCAAUAUAAAUGUAACAAAUGUGAGGAAAUCUUCAAAACUAAAAGCGAGGUGAUGUUACACCAGUCUCUUCACAAAAGAGGCUAUCAGUGCCCUCAUUGUGAAGUCAAACUUGGCAACAAGUCUGACUUCAUGAUCCACCAACGAAGACACAUGGGCCAACUGCUCUAUGAGUGUAAGGAGUGUGAAAGGGUCUACAAUAGGGAGAUAAACUAUGCUAAACACAUGAUGACUCAUGCAAGUCAACUAACACUAACUACAAGCCAAAACAUCUUUGCUUCAAAACCAUUCCAGGAAAACCAGAAUGCACAGAAACUGGAUAUGGAUUAUGAACUUCCACAAAUGGUACAGAACAAAACACAUCUUCUAAGGCAGAAUGAUGUGCUUUAUGGCAAUGAAUCAGUAAGUUCCAUGAAUCAAGCACAUCUAGAAAUAAAAAACAAAUGUGAUACUUUAAGACAAGUUGGAAUUGAUGAUGACUGUGGAGUAGAUAUUUUUAAUAAUACUCUGAAAAUUCAGAGCACAAAAUACCCUGCAGAAAAAGAUAGAACGAACGAUUUUGGAAAUUCUCUUUCUUUCUCCAAAUCCAAAUCAGAACCUUCAAGUUCUGAAUUGGAGAUCUUUGCAUGUAGAAAGUGCAAAAAAUGCUUCAGACACAGAAAAUCAUAUUUCCGACACAAAAAGUCGCACCAAAUUGCUUUUGUGUGCCAUGAGUGUGGCUGUGUCUUCAAGAAGCUCUGGGCAGUAUUUCUCCACAGACCCACGCAUAAAGGGGUUAAACCGUAUAGAUGCCAUCACUGUGGUAAAGGUUUUAGUUUCAAAUCCUUGUUUGUUCUUCACCAGCAUACCCAUAAUACCCAGACAUCCGACUUUAGUAAUGACUAUGUGUAUGAAUCCUGUGAACCUCUGAACUUGAGCAUCAACACUCCAUCUCAACCAAUCUUCUACAGAUGUUUAUAUUGUGAGCUACAGUUCAAAGAAAUUUCCAUCUGUAACCUUCACCAACUAACUCAUAAGAAGAUCUUCUCUAAAAUGUAUGUAAAUGAAAGUAACCAAGUCUGCAGCUUCAAAACUUCUCAUCUAGUUCCCAAGUACAACAAAGUAAUAAAACGCCCCCUGCAAUGACUAUGUAAUACACAUAAGUUAUAGGUCUUCUGAGUCAAGAGAUGCCAUUUUAAAGUAAUAUUGCUGUUACGGUUUGGUCUACAAUUUCCUGAAACUGUAUUAGUGUUCUCCGCUCCAUAUACACUUUUUCUAUGAGAUACAAACAACUUGUGAAAUUACAUCUUACUCCCUAGCAAAUCUAUUUUACCGCAUUCACAGAAAUAAGGACUUUCUAAGGACUAGAUCACUUUCCAGUUGUAAACUUGUAAAUAUUCUUAAAUGGUGGUCUUUGUUGUUACAGCCGGUUAAGAUUGUUGUUGUUCCUGUUAAGUUUAGAAUCGGAGUGUGAUCUAGCCCUUAUUUAGUGACAUAACAUAUUACCCAUACAAGAUAUUAUCAAUGCACUUAUUAAGGAUAUCAAAGUAUCCCUUGCUGAGCAAUGUCCUUGCAAAGUCCAGGGACUAAUCACAUUGGUCCCUACAACGUUUGAUACAUUGUGCAACUAAAAUUAUAUUUCAGCAAUCCCAAUAGAACACUUCAAAAAUUCUAUUAACUGUUCUACCUCAGGGACAGUCUUUUAUGUAUAUGACAUCUUAAAUGUGGGUCCAGCUUUAUGUCAAUGCCACGUGUUCUUUAAAUUCUGAUUUCUCCUUUCCUUAAAUUGGCAUCAGGCACAAAUUGUGAUUGUUUCAUGUAGUACUGAUCCAUUUGUGCUACGUCCUCUGGCCGCAGCAUACUGGCAAGAAUAAAUCAUUAAAGUGAUAGUAUAAACUGAGAAUAUUACUCUAUGCAUUCCACACAUAUAAUUAUAUAUAUAUAUUUCAGUAAAUAUAUUCAAUUUCAUGAUAAAAGAUGUUCCUCAUUACUGUACAACAGCUCCUUCUACCGUGGUAAUUUGUGACGUCUCUGUCCUUUCAGAUGACGCAACUGCCCUCAACUCAGUGUCAUGUUUCUUUAAAAAAAAAGUACAAUUUAAACCACUGCAAAUUGAGAAUUCCUCUUUAGGUUACGAAAUUUCACCCUGUUCCUCUUAACUUUAUGUUGAAAACAGUCUCACAAUACUCUAGUCUCAAAUACAAAAUGAUAAAUGUGAAUACACCUAUGCGGAUACUGUUAAAAGUGAAUAUCAUUUAAACAAAAUGUGUAACAAGUAAAAUUCUGAUACUGUCUGUAAAUUGGAAAAUAUGAAUAGACCAAUCAGGAGAUAAAAAAUAUUCUCUCUCUGACCUGUUUUGAGCUGCUUUGCCUUCCAAUUUGAAUUAAAUUACAAACUAGCACAAGUUUUGUCCAAGAAUAGGCCUCACUAGAGCAGUUUUUCGAUUGCAAAGAAGAAUGCUUCUGUGUUAGCCAAAGGACAUCUUUGAUAGCUAAGCGGGAAAACUGCUGCAAGCACAAUGGCCAAUACGUAUUUCAAAUGGAAAGGAAAAUUGUAUUACCUGUUUGUUCCACCUCUCAUUGGAAACAUGAUUGAUGUUUGCUAGCUCUUGUUUGCAUAUCUUUUCUAUAAGGAAUUCUAAAGUAUUCAUAUUUUCAGUAUAGCUUACAGACAAAAUAGCUAUUUUGAAUGUCAAAAUAAAGGUAAAAGAGCUAUUUGUAAACGGAUAAUUGGGCAGUGGGAAAAAAUGGCCCUUUAAUUCAAUUUGUUGGACAGUCAGGACCUUAGUAUCCUAAUAGUUUGCAACUGUUUUCCAUCUCAGUUUGCUACUAAAGAUAUUAUCUCAUUAUUUUUUUGUAAAGUCAAUUUUUCUUCUAUGAGAAAUAAAAACAAAAUAACCUGAUGUGUCAAUAUGUAGUCAUUUAUAUACACAGGAUAUCUGACUACUUCCAGCUUAUAUUUUUGAAAUUAUAAAACUUCUAUCUGUUCCCAAUGUUUACUGUAUUUUUUCAUGGUUUAAUACUCUAAUAACAUGAAAAGUAUUUGUUGUCUUAUAGUUGAUACAUUCAUUUCAAUGGAAGGUUAAGUAAUACACGAAUAUGCAACUUGAAAACUGUUUAAAUAUUUUGUAUGAUUAAAAUGAUUUAGACGCA